GCUAAUGCUCAUUAUGGUAUUUUACGUCUGAAUCAUUCAGUGUUUUUUAUGGACAUGCAUUUUCUAACAUCAAUUUUAUAAAACAUCUAGCAUUAACAUUUACAGGAUUACUUUGUUGGUCUGCCUGUCCACCCUAGCACAUCAUAGUGACUGUAAGAGAUUGAGCUGUAAUAUCAAGUUUUUUGUUUGAUGGUCAUUCAAUACAAACAUAUGUACCAGAAUUAGUGAUGUCAUUGCAGGCAACACUGAUGUCGAUCUUCAGAACAUAUUCUUGUUGAAUUUGUAAAAUUAUGGUCUUCUGUUGAAUUGCCAUCUUUAAAUAAGCUUGUACACUUUGUUCCCUAUUUUAGAAAUGACAGGAAGUGCAUCACAAUUUAAGACAUCUACAUAGUUUGGAGAGCUACCCUGUAUUGUCUGGUAACACAAUGUACAACUUACUUCUGAUUGCAAAUGGUAACCCUUAACAUAGGUAUUUUCAGUUGAAAAUUUUUUGUUUUUGAAUAUCAACCUCAGAGCAGAAUAGCAGAGAAUUGCUAAUUUUUCAACAAAAAUGGAGUGAAUAGUUGAAAUGGCAGGGAAUUUGCUUCUGUGACAAUGCCAGGGAAUUGUGGUUAAAUUCGUGACUUUUCCAAGCUGUAGAAAAAUGUGGACUAUGUUAGCAAGUGCCACAGGAGGCAUGGUAUUCUACCUGUAAAUCAUCGGAGUUAUUGAUUUUGACUUAAUCAAUCAUUACUCCAAAGAGAUUGUGGCCUUGAGAAUAGGUUGAUAGAUGAAUUUUGAUUGCCUCUGGCAUAGGUCAUUGACGUGACGACAAUACAUGGUAAGAAUUGUCUACAUUCAUUAACAUACAUCUUGGGGCUGCAAACCUGACAGAUUUAAUGAGAAAUAUUUCACAACUGAGAUAUACGGAAGUGAAAUCAAAAUGUGCUGGACUCCUGACUGAGAAACAACACUUUAUAGUCCUCUUGCAGAUAGAAUGGGACUUUUGAUCUCCUCUCUCUAGGAGUAAUGCACCCAUGCUCAUCUACAUGUCUGCGCUCUGCUAAUGACGUGAUUAUAUUCUCAUCUCUCUUCAGAGAUUUUCUUGUGAGUGAUGGAUUAUGGUAUUAUUCAAUUCUACAAGAGGAAAAUAUUUCAGUUGUACUUUUAAAGUUUUUUUUUUUUUUCUUUUUUGGAAUUUUUUUUUUAAAUAUGAAAAACUGACUUUUCAUUUUUCUUGUACAUGCAUUUAAAUGUGGAAGGCUUAGUCAUAGAUUUUAUGGUUCACUUGAAGAUUUUAUUGCAACGUUUAUUUGAUAAAAUUUAAUUAAUUUGUUUCUUUUUGUUAUGCUCAAAAGAAAUUAUGUUCAUUCAUAUUCAUUCACAUAUUAGUAUAUGAAAACAAUGUGCAUGUACAAUACAAAUUAUGUGUUGUAUCAAUAUUUAUAGUUUGAAAUGGAAUAACCUCAACAUUAAACUAAUUCGUUGAUUGAAAUUAUGGUAAAGAUGUCAGGCAGAGGAUUAAUUACGAAGUCACUUAUUUAUUGUGUCACAUUUUUGUUGUUGCAUAAGGGCUGCGACUUCCUAUGACGACUACACAUAUAUAAUACUAAUUUGUGAAAAUCUGUUACGAACGGUCGCUGUUGCCUGAAAAUGUUGUUUAAUGUUUCAUUCAGAGAAUUCAUGUUUUUUAGCAAUGUUUGCAACUUCCUUUUCAUGAUUUGUAAAUGAGGUAAUGUUGACCUAAUUUUAUUGUGCAUUUUGUCCACACGGGCUGACUCACUGAGCACCAGGCAGCUUUAUCAAAUGUCUGCAUUCCAAGAAAGUAUUUAAUCUUAAUGGGCUUGUUUGACAUGUGAUAUAUAGUGUGUACAUUGAAUUCAUUUUUGCUUUGGAGCAGUCAAGGUAAUGUGCGUCUGACAGGAGUUUAAGGAAAUAAGUGUAUUAACAUACACAGGUUUUUAUAAACAGAGGUGCCUUUUAUGGAGACGGAGCAGGCAUAAACACUUAACUGGCUUGUGGAUGAUCAUGACACCUGACACUUACUACACCUCAGGGAUCGGGAUCGCCCUUUGGGAUUAAUACUUGUUAGCUGUAAGGAACCGUGUAGGUUUUUAAAGAAGACCCCCCUAUCAGUCUGCAGCAAUCAACAGGUGCUACUGACAUUGGAGACUACAAACUUUGCAGUUGGGUUUUCUAGGAUUAGUUGGCGUCACCGUUUUUACGGAUUCACAUUCAGUUAAUCCCAGUAGUGAUUGUCAGUUGAAUGGAUUUGUGAUCCAGUUUUAAAACUGUCAACUGGAAAAGUGUUCUUGACUAGGAGUUGAACUUUUUUUUAAUGGUAGAAUUUACGGCAUCAAAAUAGGGCCUGUACUAUACACUAGUUCUUUCCCUUUUGGAAACACUGUGAGAGAAAAUGCACUGAUGUGUAAUAAUACAGAUAAUGAAGUGAUAUUUGGACCAAUGAAGCUGAAACAGAAAAAUUUAUCAAUUUUACUGGUGUUUGCCAAGGAGGAUGCACAAAGCGAUGGCUAUUGGUGGGCAGCAGACAAAAUGGGUUACAAAUGCUUUAUAGCUCACAAUGCUGAGGGUGCUUUAGAGUGUUACUUGGACAAACAUCAUGAUGUGGUUAUCAUAGAUCAUAGAAGCAACAAAAGUUUUGAUUCAGAGGCCCUCUGUCGAUCAAUGAGAGCUACAAAAGCUAGUGACCACACAGUGAUAGUGGCGGUUACAAAAAGAAUUGCACCAGAAAAGGAUGAACCGUCUGUACUUUCGCUGUUGAAAGCAGGAUUCAACAAGAGGAUUCCUGAAAACCACAAUGUUAACUCGUGUAUUAAUGAGUUGCUUUGCCUUGAAUAUGGUGAGGUUAGAAGUCAGCUGAAGCUCAGGGCCUGCAGUGCAGUUUUCUCAGCAUUGGACAACAUUUCUGAUGCUGUACAGAUUUGUAAUGAAGAUAACCAAAUACAGUAUGUAAACCCAGCCUAUGAGAGGUUAACAGGAUUCUCUGCAGAAGAGGUGAUAGGGAAAGAUGCCACAGAAAUGGCCAAAGUGGACAGAAAUAAAACAGACCUGCAUGACACCAUCAAUAGCCAGCUGAAGAAGGGCAAGUUUUGGGAAGGUACAUACCACACUCGAAGAAAAAGCAGUGACGUGGGGGUGUCCAGUCAUUGUGUGUUUAGCCCUAUACUGGGACCAGGGGGGAAACUUUCCCACAUUGUUUCUGUACAGAAAACAACAUCAGAUACCUCAUAUGGUGACAGAAUAAAAGAGGCAGAGUACAACCUAGCCAAUGUAAAGUUGGGGUUGCCCGUCAGUUUCCGGCGCAGAUCUAGUGGGGUGGCACAUGGAUAUCCCAGAAGAAGAGAAUCUCUGGCUAAGAUUCAUUCCAUGACAGUCGAGGCCCCCAUCACCAAGGUAAUUAACAUCAUAAAUGCAGCACAGGAAAACAGCCCCAUAACAGUGGUUCAGGCUCUGGACAAAGUGUUAGAGAUAUUACGAACCAGUCAGUUGUACUCUCCACAUUUUGUACAGCCAAUGAAAGAAGGAGAUACUAUGACCUCUGACCUUGUAGGAGGGCUGGUGUCGCAAAAUGUAAAACGACAACUCAUCACCAGUUCACAGGAAAGCAGCAACGUGUCCCACACUAAACCAGUUUCUGGUCAUCACAUCCACAUUCCCAACGACUUCCUAUCGCAGAUGCCAGCAGAAAUACUAGAGAUACUCGAACUCGAACCGACUUGGGAUUUCAAUAUCAUCUCUCUAGAAAAAGCCACAUCCAAGCGACCCCUUGUUCAUUUAGGAUUAAAAACAAUGGCUCGGUUUGGUGUGUGUGACUUCUUACGUGUUGAUGAAAUGACUGUCAUGAACUGGUUAAAUCUAGUUGAGGCCAAUUAUCAUUCCACAAACUCGUACCACAACUCCACUCAUGCGGCAGAUGUCCUGAAUGCCACGGCUUUCUUUUUAACCAGGGAACGCAAUCAGGCUGUUCUUGACCAACUGGACCAGGUUGCUUGUUUGAUAGCUGCCAUCAUACAUGAUGUGGACCAUCCAGGCUACACCAAUGCAUUUCUAAUCAACGAGAAGAAUCCCCUGGCCCUUAUGUAUAAUGACCAAGCUGUUCUAGAAAACCAUCAUGCUGCCUUGGGCUUCCAGUUAUCAUGGAAAGAUAACUCUGUCAACAUCUUUAAAAAUCUUAGUCGGGACGAGUACACGCCUCUCAGAGAGACCAUUAUAGACAUGGUGCUAGCCACGGAGAUGAAGCAACAUUUUGAACACCUCAACAAAUUUGUUAGCUGUGUCAAUAAAAGCACACUCAAGCUGGAAGAGACUUCCUCUAUGAGUGGAACAGGAUCUCCGGACAGCAUGGCAAUUAUAAACCAGAUGUCAACCCCUGAAAACCGUUGUUUGAUAAAGCGCAUGCUCAUCAAGUGUGCAGAUGUCAGCAAUCCUUGUAGAUCUACAGAAAUGUGUGUUGAGUGGGCCAAGAGAAUUGCUGAGGAGUACUUCAUGCAGACAGACGAGGAGAAAAGGAGGAACUUACCUGUGGUCAUGCCAGCAUUUGACAGAAAAACUUGCAGUAUACCAAAAUCUCAAACCAGUUUUAUAGACUUCUUCAUCAAUGACAUGUUUGAUGCCUGGGACUAUUUUUGUGAUAUUCCUGAAUUAAUGACCCACCUACAAGAAAAUCACCGAUACUGGAAGGAAAAUUCAGAGGAAGAAACCUCAUGAUGCUGAAAAUUUUAUUUCUGGUUGGCAAUACUGGUUCUGUGUGAACCAGAAUGACAUAGAUGGAAACCAGAGAGUAUUCUACUGUGUGAACCAGAGUGACUGUUACAUGAACCAGUGUGACCAUUAAUGACUCCGGUUACUGCGGACUGGAGAGCUCCUUGCUUUUUACCUCAUUCAUGUAUGGACUGUGGACACAAGUACCAGCAUUUAGAUUUCAGCAGAACACUAGUAACCCAAGCCCCAGGAGUGCUGGUGUGUUCUGGGGACAGUUUGUGGACAUAUACUGAUCCUCUCUCACAGACUCCAGGUACAAACAUGCAGUCAUUUCUAUAUUUUUGUAAAGAUCUCAUAGUUGUAUUUGUUUAGAAAAAGAAGAAGACCCAACUGAUAGUGUUGUUGGUGUAUUGACUACAUGUAUAUGUGCGAUAUUACUGGUUUUUUUGAAGAAUGUUAUAAGAGACAAUUGUAUUCUUUGUAUUGUAUUGUUAAGUUAUUCCCAGUCUCUUUUGCGACAAGACUCCUGAUGAAUGAGGUUGGUUGUACUUGUAAUCUAUUGUUAAAUUUUUAAUAUUGAAUUAGUUCAUAGUUUAUUUUGUCGAAAUCUUUAAAGAAAUUUUUAAUUCUAAGAGAUGUUGAAAUGUUAUAUGAUAUAUUAUUUUGUAGUUUUCCAUAAUUUUAUAAGAGAUGUACUCCUAUUCAGAAGUACAUGUAUGUUGGACUUGCUUUCCGUUGCUUUGUUACCUGGAAUCGAUCUUAAUAUCUCACUGUGAAUUGUCAAACAAGGCAUGGGUGUUAGAAGUCUUGUAUUUGACAGUUUGACUUCAGAUUAAGAUACGGGGCAACCCUUGUGGAGAGAAGAUUGGCUUCUUCCACCAGGAUCAGAUUUCUUGCAUCAAAUAUUCCGGAGUUUUUAUAAAGAUUUGUAUAGAUAACUGAGGUGUAAAUCAGAUUCCUCAAAGCUGAGAUGAAAUUUUCUUACCUAAAGAGUUUGUUUAUAUCAACCAGCUGUUGGUUAAUCAUCUUACAACACCAAAUAGAGUGCCUUUAUCCUUUCCAUUAAUUAUCUGGAUCGAUUACAGUAUUUUCAAAAUCUUCAGUAGAACCAUAUUUUCUUGGUUUACAAAGCUGGUGAGAGGGUGUUCCACCAACACCUAAUAUUGCCUGUUACUUACAUGGACACAUGACCACAGGGACUGGAUACCAUAAUCUCAGUAUCUGACGUCCCUGCAAUUGACCAUUGUAUUCAUAAACAAAAAAAUUAUCACAUUUUCAAACAAAUACUUGGUUUAAUUUCUAAUGUUCUACAUGUACAGAAAUUUCAUAAAUAUUUAAGUUUGAAGAAACUUAUUUAGGCUUUCACAACAUGGAAUAGAUCUUGAUUUUGAAUGGCAUUCACUUAAAUAGAAAUGAUUAAAGAAACAUAUACUACCAUAUCUCUUUUGAAACAAAGUUGAGUAAGACACAUAUUAUUUCAGUCAAAGCAUGUUAGAUGAAAAGGGUCUUAAGUUCCUAUGACGCUUGAGUAUGUGUUUAAUUUCACAGUUAAUGCUAAUUGACCUGGUAAAUUGUAGGUAAGAAAUGUACUUUUUUCUGUUAAAUAAAAUAUCAAACAGUAUUUUCAAAAAAUAAACAAUGUUAAUUUAGUAUGUCUUUUGCUCUUUUCUCCUUGUAUCCAAAAGCCAAAGACACUGUUCACAGCCUGGUAUUUUCCCUGGCACCAGUAAACACAAGUGCAGACACUGCAGAGCGACACACAAUUUAGACGUUGAUAUUGAAAUUAAAGUGGCUUUCUCUGAUUGAUGGCUUCUGACAAAUGGAAAGUGAGCUUUAGAUCUAGUCAUAUUUUCCCUUUUUGUUUGUUUAAUCAAUGUGAUAGAAUGUUGUUCUGUGAUUUCAUUUGUGAUUAAUGAAGAAAUGGCAAAAGUGUGAUAUAAAUUACAUAUUCUGUUGUGAAAAUGCCUUUGCCAAAAAUGAAAUAUUUAUAUUUAUUAAUAGAUUAUCAAAGCUCACAUACAUUACUACUACCCAGCAGUGGGUGCCAAAUUAGCAAAUAUGUUGUACCUCAAUUGUUAAAAUGAUACUGCAUUGUCCAUUUUACCUGAAAUACUUGACUUGCAAUUGCUCAAGCUCAAGUAUGUUAAUAGUUUUGUGUGAAUUUUCAUUGCUGUCAUGUACAGCAAACAGGAUGAAUGGUCCAUGGGUGUAUUGUCCUGUAAACUACAAUAGAUGUGUAUGUCUAGUUAUUUAACCAGAUUAAUGUACAUGUAGUUCAUUUCUAUUGUUCUUGUAGUAAAUAUCAUGAUUUUAAUAUCAUGUACCAUAGAAACGUUACAUCUAAUUUAUUUUGUAUGCAUACAAUAUACUUGUAUUUAUACAUUUUUGUGUGGCUGAAGUUUGGGAAAUCAACAAGGAUUUCCUUCAGGUACAGACAUUUUUUCUCAUCACAAGGAUAUUCAUACCUUUAUAUACUUGUAUUUGUUUUUAAAACAUAAUUACCUCAAUGCAUGGUGAAAUUUUUUAUCAGUAUAAGAUUUGGGAUGGGGAUACUACCAGACAACCUGGAUUAGAAUGGGGGAUUAAGAAUGAUAUCACACCAGUGAAACUUUUCUGUCUUGGACUUCUGUAUCUCGGUCGAUUCCAUCCAAUCAUCCGUCCAUCAAGGGGGUCAAAGGUUAAAGUUUUAAAAAAAAAGGGUUGUCUUCAAGCCAUUAAAAUAGCAUAGCAAAGCCCACUGUCACACAAUCUAAGAUACAUGAACCAUAGCAAUAGUCUUGUACUGAAUUCUUACCAAAGUUAUUGCGUCAGGCUGUAUCAUUUCAGAAAACCGGUUUAUGUACGAUUAUUUUUUGUUUAUUCUUGCACCAGUAUAUAUUGACUAUGGUAGAUGGUGGAUGGCAAUUGUGAAUGGUUGGAAAUUGAGGUGUGUUAUAUUAAAAACCAUAACAUGAGCUCUACCGUUAUUGAAUUUUGAGAAUGGGUUCUAGAGAUGUGAGGAUUUCCAGAGUCAUGGAAAUGGGAUUCCGUAUUUUGGGAUCAGAAAGAGUGGUCCCAUAGAGUAAUGAGAGAAAUACACCGAGGGAAUGGGUUAUGUAAGUGUAGCUAGAUGUUACCAAUAUCAUUAUUACACUGUUAUACUCCAUGUAGAUAAAUUGAUAUUUGCAUUUUAUUUAGAAUUAAUGUGUUAAGUUAGAUAUUAUUAAAAGCAUUUCUUGAUAUGUCUAUGUUCGGCUGAAGCUGGUCUGUUAAUAUUUUUUUUCUUGGAAUGUGAUGAAACUGAAUUAAUUUUGAUCAGGUUUCCAUAUCAAUUUGUCAGCAAAGGGGGAGCAAACUGAUAGUUUUAACUUAAUAAAGUUCUGAAUUCUUCCAAAAUAAUCAUUCAGUUGGUGUACAUGCAUUUGCACCUUCUUUCUGUUUAGACAAUGGGUGAAGUGCCUCCACAAGACCAGGGGUUGUCACUGUGACUUUUGAGUUAUAGGGCAAUGCUUUUCGUAUUUUAGUGUAAAAAUGUUACCUCUGUGUUAAAAGCAAGGUUAUAUUAAAAUCAUUCAUGUCUUUUUUUCUCUCCUAAACGUGUACACCACAAUUUACCUUUGCAGUAUGACCUUUCAGGGGUCGACCUAAUUUGCCCACUGUGGGGUAGAUAACCCCGCUCACUCUUACUGCUGGACGGCUGUACAAAAGUUUUUGUUAUGAUUAAAAUGUGUAAUAAAUUAUAUGAAAAGUUAAA